AGUGCCGCGGGAAGAAUCGUGGGACAAACCACCCCUUGGAGAGCUGGCGAUGCCGGAAGCUGCGGGGAUCCCCCCGCCAAAAUCCACGAGGUGACAUAGGACUCAGGACCCAGGAGCAUGACGCUUGAGGGGCGAGAGGCAGAUGGCCAGCCUCAAGCCACCCUGGGGCCCCCGGCCAAUGGCAGUGGGCCAAGCCAGGAGUUGGAAGGCCAUUGGCCAGAAAUCCCGGAGAGGUCCCCAUGUGUGGCUGGUGUCAUCCCUGUCAUCUACUACAGCAUCCUGCUGGGCCUGGGGCUGCCUGUCAACCUCCUGACCACAGUGGCCUUGGCCCGGCUGGCCGCCAGGACCAGGAAGCCCUCCUACUACUACCUUCUAGCGCUCACAGUCUCGGAUAUCGUCACCCAGGUGGUCAUCGUGUUCGUGGGUUUCCUCCUGCAGGGCGCCGUGCUGGCCCGGGAGGUGCCCCGGGCUGUGGUGCGCACGGCCAACAUCCUGGAGUUUGCUGCCAACCAUGCCUCCGUCUGGAUUGCUGUCCUGCUCACGGUCGACCGGUACAGCGCCCUGUGCCAUCCCCUGCACCACCGGGCCGCCUCAUCCCCAGGCCGGACCCGGCGAGCCAUCGUCGCUGUCCUCGGUGCUGCCCUGCUGACUGGCAUCCCCUUCUACUGGUGGCUGGAUGUGUGGAGGGACGCGGACCCCCCCAGCAUGAUGGAUGAGGCCCUCAAGUGGGCUCACUGCCUCAUCGUCUACUUCAUCCCAUGUGGCGUUUUCCUGGUCACCAACUCGGCCAUCAUCUGCCGGCUGCGGAGGAGGAGCCAGAGUGGGCUGCGGCCCCGGGUGGGCAAGGGAACAGCUAUCCUCCUGGGCGUCACCACGCUCUUCACCCUCCUUUGGGCACCCCGGAUCUUUGUCAUGCUCUACCAUCUGUAUGUGGCCCCUGUCCACCGGGACUGGAGGGUCCACCUGGCCUUGGACGUGGCCAACAUGGCGGCCAUGCUCAACACAGCAGUCAACUUCAGCCUCUACUGCUUUGUCAGCAAGACUUUCCGGGCCACCAUCCGAGAGGUCAUCCAUGAUGCCCACCUGCCCUGCAUCCUGGGAUCACAGCCAGAGGGCAUGGUGGUGGAACCUGUGCUAAAGCCCCCGGGAAUUCCCAAAGGGGCAGAAUUGUAGAGGAGGGGCCCAGCCAGGGUGCUCGGGUGUGGCUCAGGGCCAGAUAUACUGCUGCCUUUGUGGUGUGCCCACAAAACUGUGACACCCUACUUUGCAACUAGGGGUCGGGGAAUGGCUCCUUCCUGUGGGGGCGGCUCCCCGGGUGCAGGGGGGUACAAUUUUUCCAGCUCUCCCAUUAGCUUCACCAGCAACUCCCACUUCUUGGGACAAGGAGAGGGCUCUGCCAGGCACAGGCUGAUAGUGUCAGCUGCCUUGGCAUUCCUUUGUAAGGGACAUUUCACGUGGCACGUUAUGAAGGCUAGAUUGACAUUGACUGGAUGAGUGAAUGAAAGGCAAGAUGGAUGGAUGGAUGGAUGGACGGAUGGACAGACAGGUAUGAAUGGUUUCCAGCCACCACCACCCCCACCCCUCUCCGCCAGAGCCUAUAUCUCCCUCCCCGAGUCAAUCACUUCUCUGGCUUCCAGUGGCCAGGGUGGAAGGAAGUUAUCUGCAGGAUUCCAGCAUAUUCUGGCUGGGGGAACCAAACGUUUUGCUUGGGAAAGGGGAUGAUCUUAAAGCAGAUUAGAUGUCCCAGCCCUGGGGCGACAGAACCCCUUGAGUCUCAAGCAUCCUGGUUGGAUUCCACUUAACUCCCUGCCCUGGAGCCAGAAUAGGUUCAUGGGCCCAGAAUAGCCUAGGGUUUUCAUUGUUGCUGAUGAGAAAGGAAGUGCCCUCUCAGCCCAGGGGCAGGGGGAUGGGAAGGGAGGACCUAACCCAUUCCACUUGGAGGAAGGCCUCUUUCUCCCUUAUGGGGAGGGAGGAGAUGGCCCAGCGGAUUGGGUCCCUGGGGCUCUGCCUGCCCCUCCCAGCCUCUCCUGGGCUCCGGGGAAAGGCAGCUGGGAGAGAUUAGCAGAUGCACCUCCCACCUGCUCCAGGCUUUGGGUAAACACAUUAGCGGCUGCUUUCUGCUUUCUAGUCAGUCUGGCUGAGCUGACCUUUCCCCUGAAUGGGAGGUCCAGGCUGGGGCCCGCCAGCACUCAACCCCUUAGUGGCGUGGCCGAGGCGAAAGAGCCAGAAAUGCAUGCCAUCAGUGCAGAAUAAAUGCUCAACUUUCCCUCUUUCCUCUUCUCCCCAGAACAAGUGUCCAGGAGGGGACUCUCAGCCACACCCAAAGGGGAAAAAGGCAGGCUCUUCAGCUCUUAUCCCUAAUUCUAAAGUUUAUCCGUAAUGCUAUUUUUUUAAGUUUAUUUAUUUACUUUUGAGAGAGAGAGAGAGAGAGAGAGAGUGCACGUGGGGCAGGGGCAGAGGGAGAGGGAGACACGGAAUCCGAAGCAGGCUCCGGGCUCUGAGCUGUCAACACAGAACCCGACGUGGGGCCCGAACUCACGAACCGCGAGUUCAUGACCUGAGCCGAAGUUGGAUGCUCCACCAGCCGAGCCCCCCAGGCGCCCCAGACACAUUUGGUGGCAAAACCUGACCUGACCUGACGCAGGGUGAUGGGGUGUUGAUGCCGGGGUUCCCUGCAGACUCUCUGGGGGUGUGGUUACACCCAACACAGAGGACAGGCCACGCAUGAUCUUUCUCUGUUCUGAAAAGUUCUGAAUUCUGGUCCCUCUGGUCCCACGAGAGAUAAGUGGUCCUUCAGAGAGAUGAGUGGGGACCCACAAGCUCCACCACUGCUGGCACAGCACGGUCCGGGCUGCCCCUGGGGGCACGUGGGGCACCGAGGGCUCCCCCGCAAGCGCACAGACUGGGGCCUCCUGUCUUGCUUAAGGAGGGGGAUACAAGUGCAGGUACCUCAGGGAAGAGCCGGCUCUGAAGGACGAGACAAUCCCUCCCCAGCCCACUGGAGAGGCCACGUCUGCCCUACAGAACGAGGCACUGGGGGAAAAAGUGGCUUUUUGAUGCAGAUGGGGAGGCUCUGUGCAGGCAGGUGGAGCUUUGCACAGGUGGGGACUUGGAGCCACCAGAACUGGGGUGUUAAUAUAUUGUUUUUAAUGUUCAUUUAUUUUUUUUUGAGAGAGAGAGAGAGAGAGAACAUGAGCAAGGGAGGGGCCGAGAGAGAGAGACACACAGAAUUUGGAGCAGGCUCCAGGCUCCGAGCUGUCAGCACAGAGCCCGAUGCGGGGCUCGAACCCACGGACCGUGAGAUCAUGACCUGAGCCGAAGUCGGACGCUGAACCUACUGAGCCACCCAGGCGCCCCACCAGGGUGUUAAUAUUCACACGACCCCAGGUGUACCCACGGGGAGGGGGGCAACAUCAGUUUUUCCAAAUGGCUCCUGAGUGGUAACCAUCUUACAGACUGAGGAAGCGGGAGCACGGGGAGGUUAAAGGAUGCGGCUCAGGGCCCUCGGCUGGUGACGAGAGCGGCUGCGGAUUCCUGGUCCUGUUCCUGCUCCUCCCAGGUGCAGCAGAUCAGGAGAAGGGCAGCGUCGGGGAUGCUUUGCAUCACAUAACUUCUUGGUCCUGGACUUACCAGAUUUGGGACCCACUGUCAUAUUUUCCAAAUAAGAUGUAUUAGACAACAGUCCCUUUUAACCAUGUUUGUAACCUUUAACAAAACCAAGAGCCCUUCGCCGAAAUGUAAAUGGAAGUAUUAU